AUAAAAUUAAUAUUAAUUAGCUGUAGCGAUCUGGUACCGUACUCGUAUUAAAUCUGAAUAUCACUGUAUUAGACCGUGCUUUCCCUUCCGUACUAUCAAGGAAAGAAUCAUCUGCUUUCAAGAAAAGAACCGCCACGCUGAAAAACUUCCGUUAUUGGGUGCACGACUUCAAUUUGCGGUAUUUUUCUAGGUAUUCAACUGUUAGUUUGGUCCCAUAAUCUAAAAUUAUGUUUUCAGUUAAGGAUAUGUUUUUAAUGAUUUUACAGAAAUUUAAAUUUCUUACUGCUGUGCUCUGCUGUGCUAGCACGGCAAAGGCUUUUUUGAAAUAUGCAGAAUGAGAAAUCAUUUUUACCACGGACAUCAAAUGUUAUAUCAUCGUCAUCGUAUAUCUCGUGCAUGUAUUCCAUACACAAAUAAAUCUCCAGUCAAUUUUGAGGAAACAGUAUAUGGAAAAAAUUGCUGUGCAGUUGACACACGAGAUGAGAAAAACAAACCCCUUUUGCUUUCGAAGUCCGACUGAACAACUGGCUUUUUUAUCUUUUGUUAGCCAGGAAUAUGACAAAUGAACAGGAAAUUGAAGUGAUUACGGUCAUUGUGAAUAUCUCAUGGUUUAUUUGGAUCUACAGCGUCAAAAGGAUUUUCUGAGUGCUCUUAUUGAAUUUCAUUCCCUGUUUCAUAGGAAGAUGUCGUUAUUCUAUACAGCGGCCAAUGCAACAGCGGUAGAUAGAUAUAUCGACCUUAUCAAACCGAAGUGAAAUCAAAUCGUUCCGCUAAAAAAUUGCAUAGCAAAAUGGAUUUCACUUGCGUGAUUGUUGCCGCAAUAUCCAGGUUUUGACAGCUGUUGCGCCGUCGAUCGGCAAGCUGAUGCUUGCUGCAUCCUCAAUACGGGACUGAGAGUGCACGCUUUGCAUUUCGAACAUAACAACCAGAGAAUACUACUUACUACUAAGCAAUACGCACUACAUGCAGCAGGAUCGAUAAAGCUCCGCCUGUUUCGAAACGGGAUUGCGCCUGUUGGUGCGGGCGUGUAUAGCCGUGCAUAGCAUAUACGCGGAUUGUCAUUUACAGCGCACAAUGAAUGAUACAAUCUCCAUGCAGCAGGCAGCACACUCCGCUUUCCCCCACAACGCAACAACACUCUUCCCCAUUUCGGCACACUAGGAAACGGGGAAGAUUGUGGUGUGAUCGUCUGGACUGAAUAUAUAUCAACAUUCAUCAGAUGAAUGCUUCGGCAUCAGCGCCGAUCGUCGCCGCGCUGAGUUCAAUCUCGAAACUGCAGCUUGUGUGUUACUGUGCGCAUGUGUAUGUGUGUUCGAAAAGUGCAUCCUAAAUAUCAUUCUGCGGCAAAGGAGAAACAUACCCACAUUACAUGGCGCUGCCGUUCGAUAUGGAAAACAGGAUUAAAUCAAUUCGGAUGCUGGUAGUGUUUGGCGGAUUUACUACGACUUAUCGUCAGUUGUUCGAUUAAGAAUCUCUUUUCUGUGCCGCAAUACCAAAAUGUGCAACACGUUACUGGUGUGACAAUAUAUAUACCCGGUUUCUUCUUUCCGUGACCUUCGCACUGUUAAAGUAUUUUUACCAUGCCUAAAGCGUUCCUGGUGAAAAAAAGCUACUGGAUCGUCAGGCGAGCCGCCGAGAAGGCGAGAAGCCAGACAAAUUGUGGAUCAGCAUUGUCUUCUGGGUGCGAUAGUGUUGAGAAAUCAACAGAUGGCUGUUCUACAUCGCAGCUAUUACCGCUGCAAUCCGCAGCAGCUCUCCAGCAGCACGCCUCAUCGUCAGCAUUUGAAUUAUUUGUCAAUUCCACAAAAUCGCUUUCAUCAACCAGCCCAUCUAGUCGGCAAAAUCAAUGUGUUCCUCCUGUAACCCGAAAUCAUCCGGAUGGUGCAGCCGCGGCGGCAUCAACCAGCAGCAGCAUCGUCAGUCCCGAUACGAUAGUUAGCAAUGCGGCUAGGUCAACACUGAUCCAUGACAAUAAGUGCCUUCCACAUGCCGUAGCCUCCACGGGCAGCAAUCGGCAUAAUUCCGCUGAUAAUACUACGCUCAGAACUAUCAUUAGCACGGCAACAGCAUUGCCGAGUCCACCAUACUCACCUGACGAAAAUCUGAAAAGCACUUCGAAGUCUAAAAAGCGCGAUCAAUCACGUUCGUCUCACGGUGCGGCCAAGAGCGGAAAUGCCGAAGCGAAAUCUAUCAAACGCAUCCGCGAAAGCAAGCACAACGGAGAGCCAGCGGUGGCCCGUGGCAAGCACUCUGAUUUUGACGUUGAUUCCCUGAAGAUUGUGGAUGGACGGUCACGGAAGAAACGACGCAGCGCUGAUCAUGAAGAUAGAUCACCGGCCCUGCACAGCGACAACACAGGGGCCAGGUACACCUGCACGGAAUGCGGUAAAAGCUAUGCAACAAGUAGCAAUCUAUCGCGGCAUAAGCAGACGCACCGGAGUCUGGAUAGUGGUGGGGCGAAAAAAUGCCAGACAUGUGGAAAGGUCUAUGUCAGCAUGCCCGCUCUUUCAAUGCACCUUCUGACGCAUAAACUCAAUUACAAAUGCCAGUUCUGCAACAAGCAGUUCAGUCGCCCAUGGUUAUUGCAGGGUCAUCUGCGCAGCCAUACUGGCGAAAAACCUUUCCGUUGCGGGUGUGGAAAAUCUUUUGCUGAUCGGAGCAACUUGCGGGCGCACAUGCAAACGCACUCAUCAUCCAGGCAGCAUAUCUGCAAAUACUGCUCGAAAUCCUUUUCGCUGAAAUCGUACCUGAACAAGCACUACGAAUCCAGCUGUGUGCAUCGUGACCGUACUGGGAGUCCCAUGUCUUCCUCGAAUUCUGAAGAAAGCAGUUCGAGCUCAGUGGAUGCGUCGUAUUCAUCAUGACCGCCAGAGCACGAUCACCACUAAAUCCUCUUUACCGGAAUAAAGGUCACGCCGAUUUAAUUGUGUAUAGAUGUGUGGCUCUACCUGAAAUAUUAUUCCUACGUUUCCCAAGGUAUACCCGGAUAAUGGCGCGUAAUUAUCCGUGAAAAGCCAGUCACCGACAAUGUAUUUAUACGCUUCCAGCAGUGCAUUCCCCGUGAUGGUUGACGAAUGCGUACUUGUUAGUGCUUGUUUGUUCCCAUCGACCGGUAUCAAGUACUCUAGUCUGCGAUGGACAAUUUCCAAGUCCUGAACUGUGUUUAGAUGAAAUUUUCUGUCUCAUUUGUUUCUGGCAGUUAACGUUGCAUCGCUGAUGAGCUGAUUUAGAGUCGACAGGGCAGCUCAAUCCUUCGAUUCACAUUGCUCUCCCUUUUCAACGGAUCUCCGCUGCCGACAUGCAUGUAAGCAUCUCUCAGGAUGCGUACGUGUGUGCGGUCUCUUUCAAAAAACAGUUCCUGCUAUCCCCGAUAAACGCUGACGUGACACGACGGAUAACUCUAAUCGCUGUGACCCGAGUGUUUCCUUGCGUGCUGUAUCCUACGGUUUUGAAAUUGUAUAACAAAAGCAUGGUAUGCAUGUAUGGAUUUUUUAUCAGCAAUAAUGACUUUGCCUGUAUUCGAAUAGCAAUAAUCAUAAGUGGGUAAAUUUCUCCUUACCGAUCACUUUUGCGCGAGAUGAAAUGUAACGGGCUUUAAUACUCUGUAUAUAUACAUUCAAUAAAACUGAUCA